CGGAGAGUAGGUACCUACAUUUCACCCUCUUGCCCUUGGGGGCCUCUGCCACGCCUGACCCGGCCUUGUGGGACGCCCUGAAUGAUCUCUGUCUGCAGCAAGCUAAGCACUCCGCAUCCACAACCCGCAGUUCUUACGUACCUUGGCUUGCCAGGCUUUGCUCAUGCUCAUGCAGAUGCUUUGCCCGGCACCACCACCACCUCCCUCCGCCUCCUCCACCACAACGCAUUGUCUACUUGGGCCAAGACUGGGCCGAGUAACGGAAGGGAACAAACAGAGCGUGACGCCUUGUUGCUCGCCUUGACUUGUCCUCUGCUCUAGUCUUGCUGUUCUGUCCCCUGCCCUGCAUCUGCCAUAUCAUCCAAACGCGGCACUCGCUCCCCCAUUUUUUUCGUGCUGCUCCAAUAUCCUGGCUUACAGUGUCUCACCUGUUCCUUCUCCUCGCCAACCCCAACGCCCAGACAGCCCGUCUAGGCCAGGCCAGGAAUCGCAACUAAAAUCGCCCUCCUCAGGUGGAUCCUGACGUCGACUGGCCACACGCGCUUUCCCAAGCGCAGCAUAUCUCUCGCCCGCAGUCGCCCUUCUUCUCCUAAACACCAUCCUACCUGGGCCCCCGUCCAUCGCCAACCACUCGUUGCCACCUCCGUCGCUUGCAGCUUCCUCGGGCUGUCGAGAGAGCCCUGACCACGGCACUCUGCCCUGCGAGCCUCUCCUUCCCUUCCGCACCGCACCGCAUACAUCCAGCUCGGCCCUCCUAAAGUCGAGCUUGCUCGCAAACCUAAGACAUGGCCUUCAACCCUGACAUGCACUCCCCGAACGACAUGCUCGUCGACACAGAGGAACACAUUGUCGACCCAGCAGCCAACGGUGUCGAGAAGGACAACCUCACAAUCAUCAACCCAGACAACCUAGAGACAGAGGCAGAACAGCUUCAGGACCUGACCAGGGCGGAUGACUAUGAGGCCAUAAAAGACAUUGUCCUUAUACCACUCGUCGAAGAGCCUCGCGUGCUCGAGGAUGUCGUCAACACCUGGGAAAUCACAAACUGGAGGUCGCUGAACAAGAAAGAGCGUGGCCCUGUCUUCCAAGCCGGCGGUUUCCCUUGGCGGAUAUUACUCUUUCCGUUUGGCAACAAUGUCGAUCAGUGCUCCAUAUACCUGGAGCAUGGCUUCGAACCGAACGAGGUCCCCGAGGAUUGGAGCUGCUGCGUCCAGUUCGCACUGGUCCUCUGGAAUCCGGAAGAGCCUACCAUCUUUGCUCAUCACAGUGCCCAUCACCGGUUCACCAAGGAAGAGAGUGAUUGGGGCUUCACAAAGUUCCUGGAGUCUCGUAGGAUGUAUGGCAUCUGGGACAAUGCGAACCGACCCAUGAUCGAGAACGACGCCGCGAACAUCACCGUGUACGUCAGGAUUGUCGAGGACGAGACCGGGGUAUUAUGGCAUAACUUCAACAACUAUGAUUCCAAAAAGGAGACGGGAUUCGUCGGCCUUAAGAAUCAGGGUGCAACAUGUUACCUCAACUCUCUUCUUCAGUCUCUUUACUUUACAAACGCAUUCCGCAAGGCUGUGUACGAAAUACCGACAGAACACGAUGAGAGCAUGACCAACAGCGCAUACACCCUGCAGCGCCUCUUUUACCAGCUCCAGACCUCCAACGCCGCAGUCGGUACGAAUGAGCUGACCAAGUCCUUCGGCUGGGAGACCAGGCACAUCUUUGAACAACAAGAUGUUCAGGAGCUCUCGCGGAAGCUGAUGGAGCGCAUGGAGGAGAGGAUGAAGGGCACAAAGGCCGAGAACAUGCUGCCCAAGAUGUUCAGUGGCAAGAUCAAGACAUACAUUUCUUGUAUUAAUGUCGACUACGAAUCCAGCCGGAUAGAGGACUUCUGGGAUGUUCAGCUGAACGUCUCCGGGAACAAGAACCUGCUGGAAAGCUUUCAGGACUACAUACAGGUUGAGAAGAUGGAAGGCGAAAACCAGUACAUGGCAGGUGAGCAGUACAAGCUGCAGGACGCCAACAAAGGCGUCAUCUUUAUGAGCUUCCCCGACGUCCUGCACCUGCAGCUGAAACGUUUCGAAUACGACUACAUGAGGGACACCAUGACGAAAAUCAACGACCGUUACGAGUUCCCUGAGGUCUUCGAUGCGGCUCCGUACCUGUCAGAAGACGCCGACAAGUCCGAGUCCUGGACAUAUCAGUUGCACGGCGUCCUUGUGCACAGUGGCGACCUUAACGCCGGGCACUACUACGCAUUUCUAAAGCCAGAGAAGGACGGAUGGUUUUACAAGUAUGACGACGACAAGGUGACCAAGGCGACAAUGCGAGAAGUUCUGGAAGACAACUUUGGUGGCGAGUACCGACAGCCAACAAACAACGUUCGGAGUCCGCUGCAAAGGAAGGCGCCCAUUAUGCGGCCUAACAGUGCCUACAUGUUGGUGUACAUUCGCCAAUCACGAGUAGACAACGUUAUUUGCCCCGUCACUGAACAGGAUAUCCCCGAACAUCUGCGUAACCGAUUCGAGGAAGAGGCAGCCAUCAGGGAAACUCGGAGAAGAGAAAGAGAGGAGCAACAUCUCUACAUGGGCGUCAAAGCUAUCCUUCCUUCAACGUUCCGGGAGCACGGCGGUACAGAUCUCGCAUCCUUCGACGCAAACCCCGACUUGGACCCUGCAGCACCGAGAUUCUACAGAACGCUGCGGUCUUCUACUGUCCAGGAUCUGGUCAACCGCAUUGCUGAAGAUGUCAAUGAGGACCCGCGGAAGCUGCGGCUCUGGAUGAUGGUCAACCGUCAGAACAAGACAACGCGCCCUGACACGCCGAUGAUGGAUACGAGGGUGACAGUGGAAGAAAGCUAUAACAAGUCGACCACUCACAACAGCAACGUCCUUCGUGUCUGGGUCGAAGUAGCAGAAGAGGUCAACGCCGAAGGCGAUGCCAUCUGGCCUACUUACCAGAGUCAAAGCAACGGCGUAGUUGUGAAAAAUGACCUGAUACUCCUGUUCCUGAAGCAUUUCGAUGCCGAAGCACAGACGCUCCGGGGUGUUGGACACGCCUACAUCAACAAGGAGAAGAAGGUUGAGGAGAUCGUGCCACUGAUAUGCAAGAAAAUGGGAUGGGGCGAGAAACUGCCAGGCGAUGAUAAGGUCAUGCUCUGGGAGGAGAUCAAACCAAACAUGAUCGAGACCCUGCGGGCCAAACAGACGCUAAAGGCUGCUGAGCUGCAGGACGGUGACAUUGUCUGCUUCCAGAGGGUGACAGAGAAGAAGUCGGGACUUGAGAAGAGGCUCGGACUCGGCGACAAGACACCCGAGGAGACGACGAGGAAAUCGGACCGGUGCGAGGAUGCUCGCGAGUACUACGACUUCCUUAUGUUCAAGAGGACGGUUAAGUUCCAUGCUCACCCAACGCGGUGUGACCCCAACCAAUUCCCACCCUUCGAGCUCGUUCUCAGCGCAAAGAUCAGCUAUGACCAACUGGCUGAGAAGGUUGGGAACACACUGAACGUGGACCCCACACAUCUUCGAUUCUACACCGUGAACACCAACAGCGGAAACGUUCGGGUCGCGGUGAAAAGGUUGUCUACGAACCAGACACUGCAGAGCAUAUUGAACCCGGCAGGUUAUUCUCAGAUGAACCAAACCCAGAGAAGCGAUGCGUUGUACUUUGAAGUGCUCGACAUGAGCCUGGCAGAGCUUGACACGAAGAAGAAUGUCAAGAUCACAUGGCUCAGCGAAGGCAUCACCAAAGAGGAUCACUUCGACAUCCUGGUCCCCAAGAACGGCAUUGUGGAAGACCUGAUCAACGGGGUCAUCAAGAAGGCUCAAAUCCCCGAAGAAGCUGAGGCCGGGAAGAUUCGAGUCUUUGAGGUGAACAACCACAAGUUCUUCCGGGAGAUGUCGCGCGAAUACCCAGUCAUCAGCAUCAACGAAUAUACGUUGCUAGUGGCUGAGCGGAUGUCUCCGGAGGAAGCAGAGGCUUCGGACAAGGAGUUUAUCAAUUGUUUCCACUUCCAAAAUGAGCCGAGCCGCGUGCACGGAAUGCCCUUCAAGUUCCUGCUCAAGGAGGGCGAGACGUUCGCAGAUACCAAGAAGCGCCUUGAGAGGCGGACUGGUCUCAAGGGCAAGAGCUUCGAGAAGAUCAAGUUUGCCGUCGUGAGGCGAUCAGCCUACUCUAAGGUGCAUUACCUUCAGGAUGACGAGGUGCUCACAGAGAUCCUGUCGGGAGAUGAUGAUGAUUUCCUCGGUUUGGACCACGUAGACCGGACAAGGUCUAUGCGCAAUGGCACGGGAGACCUGUUCCUAAAGUAGACCCGGAAAGGCGAAGUGUACGAGAGUGUGAGAGAGCGCCAGGCGAGGCAUCCAGCAUGAUGUCACGGUUGUGGUCCCUGGCGUGUGUUAUUUUCGAUGCGGCGGAAAGCAAAGCCUCAUAUGUCCUAGGCGGUGGAGGCUGGCCAUGAUUCCAGCCCCAGCACAAUAUCUUAUACUCAGCAGCAGGGAUUCGGCGUAGGAGGCGGAAGAGGUCAUUCAAUCAAUACGCGGCAAGAGGGUUGGGUAACAUGACUAGGCGGACAUGGGGUUUGUAAGGGAGGAAGUGGACAGCCAGACGGACUUGUCUUCUUUGCUUUUCUAGCACGAGCUGGCAGAGGCAAAGACUGGUCUCUUCGUUGCAUAAACGGUAUCCUUAGACCAGGCCUGUACGCAAAUUAUAGGGCAAACGAACGACGAAGAUUCACCCGAG